AUGUUAGUCUAUCCAAGGGGAACAAGGAGUAAACAGCGCAUUGCAAUAGGUGAUCGUACAGGUACUCUUAGCGCAUUCUCUAUCGGAAAACAGGGAAAGCGAGUUGAUGCGUUCAAUACCGGCGAAAAUGCUGAGGACAGGGAUAGAUCGCCUGUGAGCUGCAUGACACUUUUUGGUGACCAGCUUUUUUGCAUACACGGUAGUGUUCUGAGCGCUUACACGCGCAAAGGAACUUGCUUUUUUACGACUGACACUAACUCAACGGAGAAGAUUCACUCACUUUACGUCGCCACGCCAUUUUUCUUCAUUGCCGGUGACUUUAUGGUAACCUCCUUCAAAGAAACGAAGGAGUUGGGUUUUUAUAUAUCGCCAGAUAGAGUGCACGAUAUGACAGCAUUUGUCAGCGCGACCGCUCUAGUGAGACCGGAUAAAGUGCUAGAAGAUUAUAUACUCUGUCUUGCUUGCAAUGACCGUGUUGUUCGAUUGCUGCAGAACAACCAACUCAUUGAAGAAAUUCACUGUGAGGCGCCUAUCACGGUACUCUACGUGGAUGCGGAACGCCGGCAACUAUACUACGGUACGAAAUUCGGUUCGAUCGCUGUGUUUGACAUACUGAAAAACAACUCGAUGAGGCGUUGUUUUAGUUAUUGUCCCUCACACGCACAGGUUCACUCUCAUAUUACGUGUUUGUCGGUUUUCGAUGUGAAUGCAGAUGACAAAAAGGAAAUUUUGGUAGGCUACGAAAAUGGCGUCGUAAGGGUGUUUGGCAUCCUCGCACAAACCAGCAACAACGACAUUACCCCCGCUAAUGAUGGAGGCAGUGCCAUGGACGCAGGUAGUCUCCACAACCUUUGGACUGGUGAAGUUGAGGAAAAGGUAAUCGGUAUUGCGAGCGGUGUCGUCACGACAUCUGCAGCCCAACCCGAUUUGCUGGUACAUGUCUUUAGUGGUUUACUGAUUUCCUUCGUGUUGGAUAGCCCGGAGGUGGCUGGUACUGAUGAAGAGGCCGCUUUACGGCGUAUCCAGCAGCAAAACGACAUCGCCGCCAAGAAAGAUGAAGUUGAGGCCUCAAUUGCUCAACUUCAGGCACAAAUUUUGCGAAGCUCAAAAGAGCUGGCGCGUUUGACGGGAGCCACCAAGAAAAAGGCCCCGCUAGUGGCUGUGGCCUCAACCUUUAACGCGCAAGUCCGCCUUAGCCCAUCUAAACACAGCCCUAUGAUAUCACUUGUGGUAGAUAUGGAUGUGCCCAUCGAGUAUGCAGUUUUACGCAGCAGCAGGACGAUCACUUUUGUAGGAACGGAGACCACACAGGUCACCCCGCAAACCUUCUUUUCAGACCAUCGUGAUCAGGACGGAAUAGACGUAAAGCGUGGCAAUAUCACCUCGACGGACCGAAGUCGUUCCCUAGCUCUCGCCAGGCCUUGGUUGGAGAACCUUAGCACCAAAGGUGGUCGCCGUCUAGAAGUGUUUCUCUGGUCAGAUGAAGGCCUAAGCGAUAGGAUAUCCGUCACUUUGUACGCCAAGUCGGCGCCACUGACGGCUCAGGUGAAGACGGCCUUGCUAUGCGCUUUGCCACUUUACGCACGUGUAGGAAGCCUCACUGAUGCAAUGGUAAUGUUUCCAUCCAAAGAGGAGGCGGAUGCACUAUAUCUUUCAAAAGUUUUGGUUCAAGGGGAAUUAAAACUCAAUUAUGUUUUAAAUUGGCUUGCGCAGCUCCUACCUGAUAUGUGUGAGAUCCAUCAAGGGAGCCUCAGCACUGAUGAAAAGUAUCAUUACACCUAUUACUUUACUAGUGAAUUUCUCAACUCGUUGCUAAUAGUAGACUUCACAAAUGAGACAGUCACAUUUACCAGUGACUCACUCACCGCGUUAAGUGUCAUCAAACGUUAUGUAUCCAUUCAAGCGGCGUCCCAGAAGCUUAUUGUGUAUCUAAAGGAUAGCAUUCUCUUCAAUUCCGCAAUGUGGCGUCUUACCCAUAUCCAACCUAUUAUUUUAUGCUGCGCAGAGGUGUCUAAAAAUAACAAGCUUCUGGAGGGGCUCCGGGAGCUGCAAAACGAUGAGUCGGAUCUUAAUUACCUACCUGAACACCUCCAACAAAUCCUGAACGAUGCGGAUCGCCUUCAAUCCGAGACCAAAACGCUGGCACAGGACGAAGCCUACAUAAAGCGAAGCGUGGUGGAAUUGUACAAAGGCCUAGUAGAUUUUUCCAAGCAUACCACUCCGCUUACCCCUGAGAUUCAGCGACAGCUAAAUGAGGCCUGCUGCUGGCCAACUUUAUCCUAUAACUCGUUGUUGUGUAUAUUCUUUCCAAAUGAUGAACAUAUACGGGAGAGGGCGCAACUGGCACCGAAAGCCGCACCAGUCGUCAAUAGUUUAGAUAUCAAUGAGAGCAAUGAUGAGCUACAGGAAGAAUCCAUCACUGUACGGCAGUAA